AAGGGCUCACGAUCACUUCUGAAGGACGGGGAGAAAACACGGGGCGCUGCUCGGUAAACACGUCCCCCCGCCGUCCCUCACCGGCCCGGCGCUGCACGGCUACACGAGCAGAGACUUGAUCAACCAAACAAAAAAGCCUUUUGUCAUGUCGGGACAGAAGAAAGGAGCUGCAUCGCGGCUGCUUAAAUGUGCCUUCUGCAGAACCAACCGGGACAAGGAGUGCGGGCAGCUGAUAAUGUCGGACAGCCAGAAGGUGGCAGCCCACCACAAGUGCAUGCUUUUCUCCUCUGCCCUGGUCACAUCUCACUCAGACAGCGAAAACAUCGGAGGAUUUUCCAUCGAGGAUGUGAAAAAGGAGAUCAAGAGGGGAAAUAAAUUGAUGUGUUCUUCAUGCCACCGGCCGGGUGCCACCAUCGGCUGCGAUGUGAAGACGUGCCGGAGGACGUAUCACUACUACUGCGCUUUGAAGGACAAAGCUCAGAUCAAAGAGAAUCCCUCACAAGGGAUUUACCUUGUUUACUGUCGCAAACACCGGGAUGCCUCUCAGGAUGGAAUUCAAGAUGAAGAGGGAGCGGUGGCCAGCGAUUCAGACUCGUCGCCCCCACAAAGUAGGGGCAGAGGAAGGUUUGAGAAAGGACGAGCCAAGGUCGGUUCUCGUGGCCAAUCAGAGGACACCCGCUCCACUUCCUCACAGGCGGCAGACGAGGAGAGUUCCUCCCAUCGGGACAGGUCACCUCUUCGGGCCAGCGUGGCGGACGGCGGCCAGCGCUGUGGCUUCUGUCACGCCGGCGAGGAAGAGAACGAGAAAAGAGGCAUGCUUCACACCGACAACUCCAAAAAAGUGGCUGCACACUACAAGUGCAUGCUUUUCUCAUCGGGGACGGUGCAGCUGACCACCACGUCACGGGCUGAAUUUGGAAACUUUGACGUGAAGACAGUCAUCCAGGAAAUCAAGAGGGGGAAAAGAAUGAAAUGCACACUCUGCACUCAGUUGGGUGCCACCAUUGGGUGUGAGAUCAAGGCGUGUGUGAAGACCUACCACUAUCACUGCGGCCUGCAGGACAAAGCCAAGUACAUUGAAAACAUGGCGCGUGGCAUCUACAAACUAUACUGCAAGAACCACAGCGGCAACGAGGAGAGGGAUGAAGAAGACGAGGAACGGGAGAAUCGCAGUAGACAAAGGGCAGCAAACAACCACGGAGAAACACCGUCAACGCAAGUGAACGGCAACUAGGUUGGUCUGAUGGAUGUGGCGUGGGGUGAAACCAGAAGAUCUUGAAUACGACGGAGGGAUAUUUUUUUAUACUCAAUCUUAGCCCGCUCACAAAGUCGUGGUCUACAAGCUCCCAAGAGUCCUUUUUUUUAUCUACACGGUUUCUCCCAGUAAAUGGACACGAUGUCCCAGUGUGCGCCAGAUGUCGUCUACAUGUGAAACCCAGUUUUGACUCGUCUGGAUGAGCUGCUCACAGACUGCUGCAGGAUCACGCAAAGCCACGGCUCAUCUUCUCCAGAAGUCAGCGACGGGCUCAAUUACAAAUACAUCUAUUGUUUCGGCGGGUAAAAGCUGAUGGACUGAUCUUCUGAUUGUCACUCACUGCCCAUGUCCCCCGUCCCCGUCCCCCCCCUGCAGAUUACAUGACACACACUUGCUGAAACAAAUGCAUUCUGGCUCUUCCUUCGCUUCUUAAGGACUCACUUUUCAGAGGGGUCUGUUUGUUACUAGUCACUCUAUCAAGUUGUGCAGUUUGAUUACCUUGUUUCUGUAAUCAUGUCUUAAGAAUACUCUUUUCAUGUUAGCCUUUCUUUCUUGAUAUGUAAUAUUUUGCUACUGUAUUAUCAUCAUGAGUAAUUUUUUGAAUAUCUGGAUUUCAGACAGUCGCAUUACAAGUUUCGCCAGCAUGCACUUGGAUUUUUCCCUCACUGUUCAAGGUGGCAUUUUUUUUUUAUUAUUUAGCUACCAAAGGGCAAUGUAGAGCUCUUUAGAGGAGAUGGCCUGACUUCUUUGAUGUACUGUUACCUGUAUCUCUACAAAUGUACCCAUGAAUG